AUGGCAACAAAAAAUGAAUCAAAUUUAUGUUCAGUCUGCAAUAAAUUGGCAGGCGUCCGCUUUUGCGUUGGAUGUAAUAAAUACUUUUGUCCGAAGAACUUCCGAGAACAUGAAGGACAAUUAGCGAUACAAUUCGAUAACGAAGUAGUUAGAUAUCAUGAUGAACUUCUGGAUCAAAUACAAAAGUUAGAAAAAUCAAAUUAUUCGUCGUUGGAUCUUUUCGCUCAAAUUGAACAAUGGAAAAAAACAACAAUCAACAAAGUUGAAAGAGCAGCAGACAAGGCACAGCAUGAACUUACCGAUCUAAUCGAUAACAAACGAGCAGCAAUAGCAAAACAACUUGAAUUAAUUACAAAAGAAAUUCGUUCACGUCAAGAAGAAGAAACUUUUGUUGAAAAUCAUAUUGAUCAACUUAAACAAGAAAUCGAUAAAAUUAAACAAAAACUUGAAAAACUCAUUCAAAAAGAUAAAACUCAAAGUAUCAUUGUUGAAAAUAAUCAAAUUGAUUGGAAUCAACUUAUCUACAUUCGAGAAAUUCAAGAUGAACGUGGUAUUGAAGAAGAACAACGAAGUCCAGGAAAACAAAUCAACUUGCCAUUACGUGCAAGUACGAUUGAUAUUCAUCCGGAUGCAACAUGGUCAAAGAAUGGGAUCACUGUUGCUGGAGGAAAUGAAGAUGGCAGUGACACCAAUCAACUCUUUAACCCAUAUGGCUUGUACAUCGACGACGAUCAAACGAUUUAUGUUGCUGAUCUUGGAAAUGAUCGUAUUGUGGAAUGGAAAUCUGGUGCAACGAAUGGAAAAGUAGUUGCCGGUGGAAAUGGACAAGGAAAUGAUGCUCAUAAUUUACGCUACCCAGCAGAUGUGAUUAUCGACAAAGAGAGAGAUAGUCUCAUCAUCAGCGAUAUCUGCAAUAAAAGAGUAGUUCUAUGGCCUCGUCAAAAUGGUACUCGUGGAGAAACAAUUAUUUCGAAUAUCUUUUGCUGGGGUUUGACAAUGGACGACAAUGGUUGUCUCUAUGUCGUUGACAAUAAAAAACAUGAAGUGAGACGAUAUAAAAUUGGUGAUACUAAGGGAACAGUAGUUGCAGGUGGCAAUGGACAAGGAAAUUGUCUCGAUCAACUCUCUAACCCCACCUACGUAUUUGUCGAUCGAAAUCAUUCAGUUUAUGUGUCUGAUACUGACAAUCAUCGUGUAAUGCAAUGGGAAGAAGAUGCAAAACAAGGCAUUGUUGUAGCCGGUGGUCAACGACAAGGACCUAGUCUCAAACAAUUGUCAAAACCUAAUGGAGUCGUUGUUGAUCAAUUGGGUACUGUCUAUGUGGCUGACUCCGAGAAUGAUCGAAUCAUGCGUUGCCCAAAAGGAGCCACACAAGGAAUUAUCAUUGUUAAUGAAAACGGUUAUGGAGCACAGUCGAAUCAGCUCAAUGAACCCGUUGGUUUAUCAUUCGAUCGGCAUGGCAAUCUCUAUGUCGUCGAUCACGCAAAUCAUCGAGUACAAAAAUUUAAUAUCGAAUGA